AGAAGCCUUGUCAGGGUGCCUUACCUGGCCACCUCUCUGCUGUGUGGGGGACCUGGCUUCCUUCCGGGUUGCUGGCUUCCAGGUUGGCAGUUAUGCUCCAGACGAAGUCAGGAGUUGAUGUGGCUGUGGUGUGUGACUCAAAGCAUGCCCCUGACUGCUUGAACCUUCCUGUAACUCACUUAGCAAGCCCUCUGCUGUCUAAACUGGGGCCACAGGCAGGAACCGAUUACUCGUGGAGAAGAUGAGCAGGGACACAAGUGACUACAGAACUCUGUUUCAAAGAGGAAAGGACCAGAUGCCACGGAGGGGGCACGUGUAUCCAUUUGUGUGCACGCAGAGGGGUGGGCAGUGCUGGUGCUGGCGUUGGAGUUGAGGCGGAGGGACCGGACCGAGCUGGCCAUACAUAGGAGUUUGACCCUGAGAGAUGAGAGGGGGGCUUCCAGGAAGAUGAGCUGAGGAAGAGCACUGCAGGCAGAAGUGGCAGGCCGAGUGAGCGCUGGCACAGGAGGGAAAAUGGUGCCAAGGACGAGUCUCAUCCCUGUCCUCCAGCAGCUCUCCAUCUGCCCUGCGUCCACAAGCAGAAAGUCCAGGCUGGUCCCCGGCGGCCUCCCCCGGAAAUGCUCCGUCUUCCACCUCUUCGUGGCCUGUCUCUCACUGGGCUUCCUCUCCCUGCUCUGGCUGCAGCUCAGCUGCUCCGGGGACGUGACCCGGGUAGCCAGGGGACAAGGGCAGGAGACCCCGGGCCCACCCCGGGCCUGCCCCCCGGAGCCGCCGCCCGAGCGCUGGGACGAAGACGCGUCCUGGGGCCCCCACCGCCUGGCGGUGCUGGUGCCCUUCCGCGAGCGCUUCGAGGAGCUCCUGGUCUUCGUGCCACACCUGCACCGCUUCCUGAGCAGGAAGAAGAUCCCGCACCACAUCUAUGUGCUCAACCAGGUGGACCACUUCCGGUUCAACCGGGCGGCCCUCAUCAAUGUGGGCUUCCUGGAGAGCAGCAACAGCACGGACUACAUCGCCAUGCACGAUGUGGACCUGCUCCCCCUCAACGAGGAGCUGGACUAUGGCUUCCCUGAGGCCGGGCCCUUCCAUGUGGCUUCCCCAGAGCUGCACCCACUGUACCACUACAAGACCUACGUGGGCGGGAUCCUGCUGCUUUCUAAGCAGCACUACCAGCUGUGCAACGGGAUGUCCAACCGCUUCUGGGGCUGGGGCCGUGAAGAUGAUGAAUUCUACCGGCGCAUCAAAGGGGCCGGGCUGCAGCUUUUCCGCCCUUCGGGAAUCACAACCGGGUACAAGACAUUUCACCACCUGCAUGACCCCGCCUGGCGGAAGAGGGACCAGAAACGCAUCGCAGCUCAAAAACAGGAGCAAUUCAAGGUAGACCGGGAGGGAGGCCUGAGCACCGUGAAGUACCAUGUGGAUUCCCGCACAGCCCUGUCAGUGGCCGGGGCCCCCUGCACUGUUCUUAACAUCCUGUUGGACUGUGACAAGGCUGCCACCCCCUGGUGCACCUUUGGCUGAGCCAGCCUGACAGGAAGGAAGCCUGUGCCCCAAGGCCACACUGCUCCUCAGGCUCAGGACAUCAGACCCAGGUUCCCACACCAGGAGGACAACCAAGGUUUGCAGCAGCCCAGCGCCCCCAACGUCCUGAGGCAGGCCUGAGCCAGGACAGGACACGCAUGGGCACCCAGAUGAGUUGCUAGCAAUAAACAGUGAUGGGGAGAGGCUGGAGCGCCCGCCCCUUCCUGCUGCCCUGCUGUACCCUCCUUUGCGUGUUCAGACUUGACGGCUUUCCGUUCCUUUCCCAGGACCACGUCGGCAGCAGCCACGCCACCUCCGCUGCUGCCGCCGCGCAUGGCCAAGACCAUCCAGAAGGUUAAAACUGCAGACACCCGUGUGCGAGUUCUACCAAAAGGGAACUGCCAAGACCCGCUGUCACUGGGUGUCACCGUGCAGGGAUGGGGGCCUAGUGUUGCUGGAUCUUGAUUUUUUUUUAAAAAAGAAACUAGGAUUCUGGA